AUGCAUGGUCUCUUGAUAAUCGAGUAUGAGAAUUUAAUAAGCUUCGAUUGCACUGCUCCUUCCAUUUUCUUCCGGCCAUUCAAUAGGAGAUAUUGUGCUCAAAAUGCCCGUGGUGACAGGUUGAGAUCGCGAAGCCUUUCCGGAUGCAAUGUUCGAGCUAUCGAUGGAUUGAGUAGGACACGAGUGCCAAUAUACAUGCCAUGCAGUAUGGUUGAGCCGAAGAUUUCAGGAUAUUCGGCGAUGAAGUGUAUUUACGUCGAGUGGUGGGAUUUAUGGUUUGAGAAUGUAGAAGAUCAAAACCAUACCUGGGUACAGCAAUAA